GAAUUACAAGUGUGAUAAGAUGGGUCACAAAGUGCGACGGGACUACAAAGUGAUACACUACAACAUAAUCCUAUUCCCAUUUCCUGCACGGUAUAACAAAAUUACAACCGGAAGUAAGCCUCACGUCCCGUGAAUUAGUGUAAACAGCCUCACAUUGGCCAGACAAUACGAUGUUGUUGAAAUUUUGAAAAACUGUUCAAGAAACGAUCGUCUCUACAAUAAUAAUACCCGCAUUUUGCCCAAACUAGUAGCCGAAUCCACCCUCGUCCACAGGGUUUUUUGUCUGUUUUGGUAUGCUCUCCUAUCAAAGAGGCAAAAAUCCCUGGGGACGAGAGUGUAGCCGGAUCGCUCCUUUCUAUUAAGGAUGCACAAAAGAGCGAUGCUUAUGAUAAUUUGAGGACCGGAAUAUGAAAAAACGAGCGAAACCGUGGGUUUUACACAGACUAGAAUUUGUGUUUUUUAUUAAUUCUGCACUCAUAUCAUUUUGUUCUUAAUAUUUAGAAAUAAUUGGGGCUUAUGUUCUUAAUUCUUAUCAAUAAAAUUGGUCUAGUAACUCCAAUCAUAGAAUUGUGUAAUUUCUUUUCGCCGUCAGAUAUCACAGAAGAGGCCCUGGGAAUGAGGUUUCGAAUCUUUGUAGCCGCCAAGCUGAUCUGCGGGAAUUCCCCUAUAAAAAUUUUAUGACGUCAUAUAUCUCAACAUUUUGUAGCAAGUCAUUCCUCUGUAGUUUCCAGCGAGUGAAAGACGAAGAUGAAGCGAUACGUCCUUACCGUUAUUUUUUUCUAUGGAUUGGUGCGUUUCGCAGCAGAUACGUAUUUCGUCUUUAUGAACUCACAUUGGAUAACUUAUGAUAUUAGUAGCAAGAAAGGCUUCAAUGAAUCUCAAUCUUUGACCUAUGGCAUAUUUCAACAUUGCCACGGGCAGGCAUGCAAGUGGAUAGAGAAACAUGAAGGAAUUAAGCAAAAACAUACAACAAGUUUGCAAGGCCUCUGGAUUGUCAUUUUCGUCAUCAAAUCCAUCACAGUAUUCAUUCAGGCCGCCGCUAUUUUUUACCUUUCAUUCUUUGAAACGUGUCUGUGGUUAUCAGCUGUCUCUUACAUUCUUGACGGCAUUUUGUCCAGUGUAACGGUGGUUCUAUUUCUAAAUGAAGAGUGGUUAACACGUCUACCGUUUACGACGUCGUACGCGACGUACUAUUGUAUCGUUACGACAGCCGUUACUCUCGUUAUCUUUGUUACGUUACUCGCUUAUUUGUUGAAACGAUGGCAAAGACACGAAAAUAAUGAUAAUCAAAAUGGGAACGGUAUUCAAUUGCAGAUUGUUCAGGACAGAUAAAGAUAGUUAUUUGCCUAUGUGGCUAUGUUUUGGAGAGAUUUUAGGCAAGCCUGGACCUGUACUUAAGGGGGCGUGAACUACAGAAAAGAUCACUUCAGCAUAAUUUCACAGGAGUAUUUUUUUUUCUUUUGUACCUGUAAAGCCUGGUUCACAUAUGUAAAGUAAGUGCAAACGCAAGACGUUUACACUGGACCAUCGAAACCAAAAAACAUAAACAAAAAAAUACUGUAUAAGGAAGACAGGCUUUUUUCUGACUCUGUGGCGAAUUUGCAUUGUAUCCAAAGUAUAAAUUGUAAAAAUAACAUAAUAAACCAAACAAAAUACACUGAAACAUCAGGUUGUUAUGAAGAUGUCAUUUUUUUCUACCCCCCAUCUUUACGAGGUCGUCUCAUAAGUCACUUGGCGGUUUUAUAUCUCAUUGCAAGUCCAGGUAAAGGCUGCUUUUAAACAACCAACCAGUCAACAUGCGAUAUAAAAGAGCCAAUCAAAUCAAACUUUAACCUGCCAAUACCAGAGUUAUCUCUUUCGCACCAGCACGCAAGUUAGAAAGCGAAAAAGAAUUCUUAGGGACGAGAUUGUAGAGACCUAGACAUUUCCAACACAAACGUCAGGCUCAUCUGCUUUUGAACGGCGGCGAUUCCCGCCGGUUAAUCAGAAUCUUAUUACUUUGCUUUCGAAAUAUUGCGCCUAGAUAUUUUAGUUUAAACCUUGCCAUUAUACCUUUGAAUUACUUUACCGAAGCUAUUUUCUGUGAACGUUCACUUUUUUCAUCGAUAUUUUUUUAAAUUCAGUAAACUUUGUAACUUUGUUUAUCAUUCUCGUCCCCAUAGCCCCUCCAGGCAAAACUAAAAAGUAGAGGAUUAUCGCGAAGAGGUCUGGGAACGAAAAUGUUUGUUUUAUUAGUUUGCACGCUUU